AUGAUUAUUCGUUCGCCGGAACCAGAAGUGAAAAUUGUUGUAGAUAGGGAUCCCAUAAAAACGUCUUUCGAGGAAUGGGCCAGACCCGGCCAUUUCUCAAGAACAAUAGCUAAGGGCCCUGAUACUACCACUUGGAUCUGGAACCUACAUGCUGAUGCUCACGAUUUCGAUAGUCAUACCAGUGAUUUGGAGGAGAUCUCUCGAAAAGUAUUUAGUGCUCAUUUUGGUCAACUCUCCAUUAUCUUUCUUUGGCUGAGUGGCAUGUACUUCCAUGGCGCUCGUUUUUCCAAUUAUGAAGCAUGGCUAAGUGAUCCUACUCACAUUGCACCCAGUGCCCAGGUAGUUUGGCCAAUAGUAGGUCAAGAAAUAUUGAAUGGUGAUGUGGGUGGAGGUUUCCGAGGAAUACAAAUAACCUCCGGGUUUUUUCAGAUUUGGCGAGCAUCUGGAAUAACUAGUGAAUUACAACUCUAUUGUACCGCCAUUGGCGCAUUGGUCUUUGCAUCGUUAAUGCUUUUUGCUGGUUGGUUCCAUUAUCACAAAGCCGCCCCCAAAUUGGCUUGGUUCCAAGAUGUAGAAUCUAUGUUAAAUCACCACUUAGCGGGGUUACUAGGACUUGGGUCUCUUUCUUGGGCGGGACACCAAAUCCAUGUAUCUUUACCGAUUAACCAAUUUCUCGACGCUGGAGUUGAUCCUAAAGAGAUACCGCUUCCUCAUGAAUUUAUCUUGAAUCGGGACCUUUUGGCUCAACUUUAUCCCAGUUUUGCCGAGGGAGCAACCCCCUUUUUCACCUUGAAUUGGUCAAAAUACGCGGAAUUUCUUACUUUUCGCGGAGGAUUGGACCCAAUAACAGGUGGUCUAUGGCUGACCGAUAUUGCACACCAUCAUUUAGCUAUUGCAAUUCUUUUCCUGAUCGCUGGUCAUAUGUAUAGAACCAACUGGGGCAUUGGUCAUAGCAUUAAAGACAUUUUAGAGGCUCAUAAAGGUCCAUUUACAGGCCAGGGCCAUAAAGGACUCUAUGAAAUCCUAACAACGUCGUGGCAUGCUCAAUUAUCUCUUAACCUGGCUAUGUUAGGCUCUUUAACCAUUAUUGUAGCUCACCAUAUGUAUUCCAUGCCUCCCUAUCCAUACCUAGCUAUUGACUAUGGUACACAACUUUCGUUGUUCACACAUCACAUGUGGAUCGGUGGGUUUCUCAUAGUUGGUGCUGCUGCACAUGCAGCAAUUUUUAUGGUAAGAGAUUACGAUCCAACUACUCGAUACAACGAUCUAUUAGAUCGUGUCCUUAGACACCGCGAUGCAAUCAUAUCACAUCUUAACUGGGCAUGUAUAUUUCUGGGUUUUCACAGUUUUGGCUUGUAUAUUCAUAAUGAUACCAUGAGCGCUUUAGGGCGUCCACAAGAUAUGUUUUCAGAUACCGCUAUACAAUUACAACCCAUCUUUGCUCAAUGGGUACAAAACACCCAUGCUUUAGCACCCGGCAUAACAGCUCCUGGUGCAACAGCAAGUACCAGCUUAACUUGGGGAGGUGGUGAGUUGGUAGCAGUAGGCGGCAAAGUAGCUUUGUUACCUAUUCCAUUAGGAACCGCAGACUUCUUAGUCCAUCAUAUUCAUGCAUUUACGAUCCACGUGACUGUAUUGAUACUACUGAAAGGUGUUCUAUUUGCUCGCAGUUCCCGUUUGAUACCUGAUAAAGCAAAUCUUGGUUUUCGUUUUCCUUGUGAUGGACCUGGAAGAGGGGGGACAUGUCAAGUAUCUGCCUGGGAUCAUGUCUUCUUAGGUCUAUUCUGGAUGUACAAUGCGAUUUCCGUAGUUAUUUUCCAUUUCAGUUGGAAAAUGCAGUCGGAUGUUUGGGGUACUAUAAGUGAUCAAGGGGUAGUAACUCAUAUUACAGGAGGAAACUUUGCGCAGAGUUCCAUUACUAUUAAUGGGUGGCUUCGAGAUUUCUUAUGGGCACAGGCAUCUCAGGUAAUUCAGUCUUAUGGUUCUUCAUUAUCUGCAUAUGGUCUCUUUUUCUUAGGUGCUCAUUUUGUCUGGGCUUUCAGUUUAAUGUUUCUAUUCAGUGGCCGUGGUUAUUGGCAAGAACUCAUUGAAUCCAUCGUUUGGGCUCAUAACAAAUUAAAAGUUGCUCCUGCUACUCAGCCUAGAGCCUUGAGCAUUGUACAAGGACGUGCUGUAGGAGUAACCCAUUACCUUCUGGGUGGAAUUGCCACAACAUGGGCAUUCUUCUUAGCAAGAAUUAUUGCAGUAGGAUAAUGGCUAGGAGGAUUUGAAAGGCAUUAUGGCAUUAAGAUUUCCGAGGUUUAGCCAAGGCUUAGCUCAGGACCCCACUACUCGUCGUAUUUGGUUUGGUAUUGCUACCGCACAUGACUUCGAGAGUCAUGAUGAUAUUACUGAGGAACGUCUUUAUCAGAACAUUUUUGCUUCUCACUUUGGGCAAUUAGCAAUAAUCUUUCUGUGGACGUCCGGAAAUCUCUUUCAUGUAGCUUGGCAAGGAAAUUUUGAGUCAUGGAUACAAGACCCUUUACAUGUAAGACCUAUUGCUCAUGCAAUUUGGGAUCCUCAUUUUGGUCAACCAGCUGUAGAAGCCUUUACUCGAGGAGGUGCUACCGGUCCAGUGAAUAUCGCUUAUUCCGGCGUUUAUCAGUGGUGGUAUACAAUCGGAUUACGCACUAAUGAAGAUCUUUAUACUGGAGCUCUUUUUCUAUUAUUUCUUUCUGCUAUAUCCUUAAUAGCGGGUUGGUUACACUUACAACCAAAAUGGAAACCAAGCGUUUCGUGGUUCAAAAAUGCCGAAUCUCGUCUAAAUCAUCAUUUGUCAGGACUUUUCGGAGUGAGUUCUUUGGCUUGGACAGGACAUUUAGUUCAUGUCGCUAUUCCAGGAUCCAGGGGACAGUACGUCAGAUGGAAUAAUUUUUUAGAUGUAUUACCCUAUCCUCAAGGGUUGGGACCACUUUUUACGGGUCAGUGGAAUCUUUAUGCCCAAAACCCUGAUUCGAGUAGCCAUUUAUUUGGUACUUCCCAAGGAACAGGAACUGCCAUUCUAACCCUUCUCGGUGGAUUUCAUCCACAAACGCAAAGUUUAUGGCUGACCGAUAUUGCUCAUCAUCAUUUAGCUAUUGCAUUUAUUUUCCUGAUCGCUGGUCAUAUGUAUAGAACUAACUUCGGGAUUGGGCACAGUAUCAAAGAUCUUUUAGAAACACAUAUUCCUCCAGGGGGUCGAUUAGGGCGUGGGCAUAAGGGUCUUUAUGACACAAUCAAUAAUUCGCUUCAUUUUCAAUUAGGUCUUGCUCUAGCCUCUUUAGGGGUUAUUACUUCCUUAGUAGCUCAACACAUGUACUCUUUACCUGCUUAUGCAUUCAUAGCACAAGACUUUAC